CGAAGUACGCGAAUCAUUUCGCGCAGUCAAGAGUCAAGAUGCACGAUCAGGAUCAGGGUUAAACAAAUGGACGGGAUAUUUUUGGUUAGAUUACGAUUCGUUAAACUGAGAAAUCUCGUGUAACAGUUACUCCGUCGUAAUACGAAAAUGCAUAAUUAUUUAAUUAAUUCAUGCAAAUGACAUGCGCGCUUGUACGCUUUGUGUAGAGACGUAUGCGAGCAAAGGUCGAAGUUGACGAAGAGCACAUUUCCUGCUGUGAAUUGCUAUCAAGAUUUUCCAUCGAACUUAGCGAAUAGCUGUUCCGUUAUUCUUUUAUUAUGAAGAGACGUCAGAGGAGGCCAGUCUUGACGCUCAAUAGAACUCAAGGGAAUUACGUCGAACAUGCGCAAAAUAAGUGCAAGCCGGUGAAUAGUGUACAACCUAUGCAAAAUGAGGCCAACAAUCCAUUGGCCAACUUGUGCCAGUACAAUUCCGAUAGCGAUACGGAGGAUUCCAAGAAAGAUACGCAAAAGUUAGAUGAUCAAGUCAACGAUUUCUUUAAGGAAAUUCAACUUAUUGCCCCAGAACAACCUGCUCCAAACAAUGUUAAUGAUCCAAGCUUAGCAACUAAGUCAACUUCUCAGUCUGUGCCUCAUACAAGUCAGCAAACAUUAUGGCAAGAAUGUUAUGAUGAAUCUACUGGUUAUCCUUAUUAUUGGCACAUUGAGACUAACGAGGUAACAUGGGACAUGCCAGAGGAAUUGCGUUUACUAAGAAAGCAACCUGAGAGUGCAUCUGGAGUGAAACAUCCAAUUCAGGGAUCACAUUGGGAUUUUUCGUCCAUUGCAUAUCGACAGUCACAAGCAAAUAUACCAGAAGGCAUGAUACCACAAGAAGUGGUGGCAAGAAAUCGCAACAGAUUUAUGCACAAUGAAACUGCUAAGAAAUCUAAUUCGGAAAGCAAACUAGAAAUUAAGAACGAAUCUCCUGUGAAGGAUGAUGAUUCGGAUGAUGGACGAAUAGAGAUGAUAACAUCUUUCGGUAGCGACGGGAGCGACUCGGAGGAUGAGAAUAUGUCCUCAGACGAGAAAAAGGCGCCGACACCUUUAGCUGAAUCGGGAAAUUCUAAUUCUGGUCCAUAUUUAAAAGCUGGUGAAAUUGGACCUGCUUUCUGUCCAACAGGAAUGCAGUCCCCUACCAAAAAUUUGUCCCAUUCAUAUAAACCUGACUCUACUAACAUAUCAAAUUGUUCAAAUCAAUCUGAACAAUUCGACAACAAAUGUAAAAUAACUGAAUCUAGUAAUAAGAAUAGUAUAGUUCAAGGAGAAAAACAAUUUGCCAUAGGAAACAAGAAUAGAAAAGAUAUUAUUAUACAAAAUGCAGUUCCGAAACUGGAUUUUAAAGUGUCCUUAGUACCUGGUUAUGGGGAUGAUUCAGAUGGAGAAGAGGAAGUUAAACCCAAGCAAGAGAUAAAACCUUUAUUUCCCAUUGCACAAGAUGAGGAAUACAUAAAUGUGAUAAAUUCAUCAAAAAUUUCUCAUAGUGUUUCUGCAAAGAAUUCUAGCAAUAUACAAACAGGCGAUCAACAUAAUGACAACAAUGGAGAUAGUCAAGAAACGAAGAGUGAGCAUGAAAAAACGCAAGAAAAAGAAGUAAAAAUGGAUGAAGAUAAAUCUAAGACAAAUAUAUUUCUUGAAGACAUACAGGUGUGCGGCAAGGCCUUUCAAAGGAAGAAGCGAAUAGCAUUUGAGGUUCCAUCAACGAAAGCUAAACAAAAUAACGUUUAUGACACUACAGUUCAAGAUGAUAAUAACAGUGAUCUCACAAAUAGUGAAUCUAUUUCGCAUAAUACUGAAGACGAUGAUGUGGGAAUUCAAAAUCAGCCGUGCUCAGAGAGUCAAGAAGAAUGCAAUGAAGCGCGUGAAGAGACAGAACAGUGUGUUAGUGCGAAGACUGAAGAAAAACUCGAUUCUAAAGACGAAUCAUGCGAUUCAGAAAUAUUUACAGAAGAUAAACCAGUAUCAAAUACAAUUGAAGAGAGAGAGAACGAUAAGAAGGAGAUGAAUGAUUUAUCUCAGAUUAUAACAGAGAAAUUAAAAUUUCUUUCAGAAGGGAGAGAGAGUGUCUCUGCUGUUCAAACGAUGCAAAUUCAAUUACAAACAUUAUCUACUGCUUGGGCGGCAAAUAGCUUAGAGGAAAGUUACUUUCAAAAGUGGCUGACUAAUACAAAUCAUGAAUUGGAAAGAUUAGAGCAAGAUGCAGCACCAGCUGGCUGGCUAUGUCAGUGGGAUAGAUCGCACAAGAGAUAUUACUACCACAAUACAUCCACUGGAACGUCACAGUGGACUUAUCCCGACACCGGUAUUGCCGGUGGCACUGAGGAGAUGGAAUUGUGUACAACUCCGCCACCAGAAUCGGAAGAGUUAACAGUCGCAGAAUCACCUGGAACGAAAAGAACGAAGGAGAAGCAAGCCGAGGAAAUGGAGGAUAAUAAGACAGAUGAAGCGGAAAGCGUAGCGGAGAGACGUCCUACGGAUUUGGAAGCACCACCUCCACCACAAAUAUCUAAUCCGAGUCCACCGCCACCACCGAGAAUAUUCGCGGAAGACCUGAAGAAGGAUAAGAGGAAAAAGGAAAAGCCCGACGAUAAAUUGGACGUGAAGAGGAAGCGUUUGGGGAGAGACAAUCUAAUGACUCUAGAUUCUACGGCACAUAUGGUGAAUCCUGCAUUAGAAUCUUUGUCUUACGCGCAUCCACAGGCGGCUAUGUCACCUCAAACCACGAUACCUUCGACUCACGCGAAUAUGGAGCCUUUGCCACCGGGUGUGGACCUGCCGGAAACGUCUUACGAAGCGGCUACCUUGAAAGGGAUAAUAUAUAACGCAGCAUCGCAGCAAAGUAAUGCGAUUUACGCGCCUUCGAUUGGGGAUCCAACAAUACCUAUUCUAAGCCACCAUCAGGCGGGUCUGCUUCAAGAGCCGUUUGUUCAUUAUCCAGCCUUUCAUCAACAUUUGCAUAAUCAGACAAUCACAGUUGCGAACAAACACGGCGGACAAAAUGCAAUUCAGUUCAUGGUGGGAUACACGCCGAUUUACACGAAUAAUAAAAUCAUUGCCAAACCGCCGGUUAAAGCUUCGAAGGAAUCUCUGGGAUCCGCUCUCGAUUCUUUUUACAACGACAUCGCGCGCAUUGAGAAAACAGAAACGGAACGAACAGCACAGCAACAGGAUUCCGUUGUCGCUGUAACGGAACAGGUGCCCGUCUCGAUCGAGGAAAGUAAACCGGAAACGGAACUGGAAACCAUACCGAACGAUACAACGAUGAAGGAACGAAAAAAGAAAAAGGCGAGGAUCAGUAUCAGCAAAAAGCACAAGGAGAUGUCGACUAUGGUGGCAAAGUGGCAAAGGGUACAAAAAAAUCUAGAAGACACUGUAUAAAUAAUAGAGACCGAUCGAAAUAAAAUAAUUAAUUGUCGUAUAAGGAAUAAUAAAUUACAUAGAU